AUGACCAAUCAAAUAAAUGAACUCCCUGAUAGAUAUCAUUGGAUCCCUUGGAUUUACGAAACAAGAGCUUCAAAUAACUUAUAUACGGGUACUGUCGGUCAGGAUAUGCAGAAUAGUAAUGUCCGUACUACUAUAAAGUACUCGUGUAAAUCCUGCCAGUUCUGGUCCUAUCGCAAAUCACAUCUUACAAGGCACACUUUAACACAUCAACUAAAAUGCCCCCUUUGUGAGAAGAAGCUUUCAAACAGCUUUAAUCUCGAAAGACAUAAGAGAAUUUUCCAUAUGAUCCCCACAAAUAAUGAUGUACCCAACGUAUGA